AGACCCAGCCAAAAAACCCCAGCGAAACCAGCCCAAACCGCGCAGCGAAACACACUCACACUCCGGAGGGAGAGCGAGCGAGCGGUCCCUUCCAGGCUAAGGCUUCCCUUUCCCUCCCCGACGCGACGCCUUCUCUCUCCCGGCGCAUAAAACCAAGAGCGAGCACACUCCAGUCAAGCCAGAGCCAGCCAUCUCCCACGGAACGGAACAAAGCACACCGCAAGCUCCAAAAGCACCAAACCCAGAAAAACAAACAAAACAAAAGCCAUGCCCGCAGCAGCAGCAAAAGCAUCAUCCAUCGUUCCCCGCCGCCGUCGCCGCUAAGCUAAAGCUCUCGCGGUCCAUGGGUGCGGCGCGUCCGCGGCGCUGGAAGCUGCCGUUCCACCGCACCAUCAGCGCCGCGGCCGGAGGAGGCGGCGGCAGCAGCAGCGCGCCGUGCUCGCCCUCGUCCAGGUCGUCCGCCUCGGCGGCGCCGCCGCCACCGCCGCCAGGCCACGCCUCGCCCGCGCGCUCCGAGGCGUGGGCGGCGGCCGAGGCGGUGCCGGAGGAGUUCCUGUGCCCACUCUCCGGCGCGCUCAUGGCGGACCCCGUCAUACUGCCGUCGGGGAAGACCUUCGAGCGGGCCUGCCUCCAGGCCUGCGCGGACCUCGCGUUCCUGCCCCCCGGCGUCGAGGACGGGGGCGCCGACACCCUCAUCCCUAACGCCGCGCUCAAGGCGGCCAUCGGCACCUGGUGCGCGCGCUCCGGACGGGCGGUGCCGGCGCCGCCGUCCGCCGAGGCGGCAAGGCAGGCCGUGCUGCGCGUUAUGCCUCCGGCGGUAGCGGCGGCGGCCAAGUCCGUGAGGACCACCACCGCGAGGCGCGUGGCGGUGUUGGCCGCGAGCACAUCCAACUCGUCCUACUCGUCCCCGACGGAGUCCACGUCGUCGUACGGGUCGGCCUCGGAGAUCACCGCGGCGGAGGAGGACGACGCCAAGGAAGAGGCGCCCCGGAGGAGGAUUGUCAAGGAGGUGGAGGCGGAUCCGCCUGUCGCGACGCCGGUUGACCCGCUGGAGGACGACGUGGUGGGCAAGGUGAUGGACGCGGACGACGACGGCGUGGUGGCCGCGGCGAUGGGCGCGCUGCGGGAGGCCACGCGGGAGGGCGCGGAGCGGCGGCGCGCGCUGUGCACGCCGCGGCUCCUGGGCGCGCUGCGCCGCGUGCUGCUGCUCCCGCGCCACGCGCCCGCCCGCGUCGACGCGGCGGCCGCGCUGGUGAACCUCUCCCUGGAGCCCGCCAACAAGGUCCGCAUCGUGCGCGCGGGUGCGGUGCCGGCGCUCGUCGAGGUGCUCCGGUCGGGCGCGUCGGCGCCCGAGGCGCGGGAGCACGCGGCGGGGGCGCUCUUCGGGCUGGCGCUCAACGAGGACAACCGCGCCGCCAUCGGCGUGCUGGGCGCGGUGCCCCCGCUCCUGGACCUGCUCACGUCCCCGGCCCAGUACCCGCCACGCGCGCGCCGCGACGCCGGGAUGGCGCUCUACCACCUUACCCUCGCCGCCGUCAACCAGUCCAAGGUCGCGCGCUUCCCCGGCGCGCCCAAGGCGCUGCUCGCCGUGGCGUCCGGUGCCGCGGAGCCGGGCCCCAUACGGAGGCUGGCGCUCAUGGUGGCCUGCAACGUGGCCGCCUGCGCCGAGGGCCGCAACGCGCUCAUGGACGCGGGCGCCGUCGCGUCCGUCUCCGCCAUCCUCCUCGCCUCGCCUUCCCACGAAGACGGGGGCACGGCGGACCUGGAGGAGUGGUGCGUGUCGGCGAUGUACGCGAUGAGCCGCGGCAGCCUCCGGUUCCGCGGCCUGGCGCGCGCGGCCGGCGCGGACCGGGCGCUCCGGCGCGUGGUGGCCGAGGAGGGCGGCGGCGUCCGGCGCGAGAUGGCCCGGAAGACGCUCCGCGCCAUGCGGGGCGACCUCGACGACGAGGACGGCGGCGGCGAGUACAACGACCUGACCGGCAGCAGCGCGGAGUGCGGCGACGGCGAGGACUGCGGCGGGAGCAUCGUGUCGGACGGGCUCAUGUCGUUCCGGCGCCGGCAGCGCGAGCUCGGCGUGUCGUCGUGCGGCAACACCGCCGAGUUCUGAAACCUCAGUUCGUUCUCCGGCGAAGACGGCGACCGGUCCCCCGUCCACACGUCCCAUUGCGAUGAUGAAUGUUUUGUAUGUAAAAAAUUGCUUGGUUUAGGUUCACGAGGUUUAGACAUCUGUGCCGUGUGUGAAGGGCGACGAUGAAAAACGUCCAUGGUUUUUGGAACAGUGACCAAUGCGCCCUCUUCAGCUCACCUGUGUGACUGUCAGUGAAGCUCCUUGCUCCGUGCUGUGUGUGUGUCAGUUGGCGUGCUUUGCGUAAUGGCGAAACGGGAUGGGAUGUGUAAAAGCGACCGGGUCGUGUGCGGGACAAGGCGCGGGCGGGGGUGGCGGGGGUUGGGUGUUGCUUGCAAGUCAGAGCAAUGGCUUUGUUCUUCCAUCCGUACUCCCUCGCGUACCUGAUGCGCUGGCAGGCAGGCAAAGCUCGUGUCCUUGACGGGCCAGCCAUUAUAGUAGUUUAGAGCGAGAGACCCACGCAUGUGUCUCCAUCAGUAAAGGAAACCAUCUUUGUGCUC